AUGCUAGCCCCCAUUCCGGUCUACAGUUUUGGCCCAGCCACCCCGUGUGAUGGACACCUAGUGGAUGAGGAGCCACCAACUCGCGACGCCAUCUGCGCCAAUUGCGAGGCUCGCGGCGAGGACAAGCGAUUAUUUGUAUGCCGCGACUGCUAUGCUGCCGGCAGGCACAAGGUUCCGGAGGUGUUCCAAUGCCGUUUCUGCUCGGAGUCGUGCUGGGAGACGGCGAUGCUCAAAUCCCAUCGGCUUCUUCAUCAACAUAUGAGCGAGGAGCAGCUCGAGCAAAUCCAACACCCACAUCCAUUGGCU